AGGAGGGGCGUAGUUUCAGUCUCAUGCAAGGGCGCUUUGCUGUAACUGGAGUCAUAGCUCUUGAGCGCGACCACCAUUCAAAUGAGCGUUGGAUACUACUUUUUCUGUUCUUUGUAUAAUUUGCACGUGAAACAUAACAAGACAACAAUCCCUCUUCAGUGAAUGAAUCCAGAACAAUACGCAUUUUGGAAUACGCAGCACAGUAAAGACUCUGCAAUUCACCUGUAAUGCACAAGGCACUACAGAGAGGACCAUGUUUUGAGGAAAUUCAAGCAAUUGGCUUUUUGGUGUACGGGAGUCUGGAAGGAUAACGACUACAGAACCUAGGAGCCAAUAAACGACUCAGGAUUCGUCGCGCUUAAUGCAGUGGAGAAAUGUUCUGAUGGAGCACUUUAGACAGUUAUAGAAAUAACAAUUUGGGGAGUUCUUUUUUACCUUCAAAAAGUUCGGUCGCAGCAUUGCAGCAGAAUGGAUUUGUGUUUACUAAUGUAACCGAAAGACUCCGAGCCACAGGCAACUCAUAAUCUUUCUGUUAGACAGGCAACGAAUCACCUGUAUACCGCGGAAAGGAGAACCUUUUUUUAUGACAGACAGCAAAGAAAACGCCGAUAAUCAACAGAACAUACUCCAGCACAAGAAAUCGCGUUCCUGAAUUAGAAGCGCACGCGAUACCAGUCUCCAAAUCGCAAUUUAACCGCUUCACUGUGAGCUGAGAGCAGGCAACUUAGGUAACUUGAAUUGCGAAAAAAAACCGUAAUUGUAUUGUAUAGCACAGCGGCAUUUGCUUAAAAAGCCAUCCAGAAUUUAUAACCAUAAGAAAUAAAUAUAUGUUUCUGGCUAUUCGUACUCUAACUGCUUUUCAGUUUGCAUUGCGCUUGACACAAGGACGCGCAUACAACAAGGGGAGUGUGCAAUAAACAAGACUUCUAAAGAUUUGUUUUUAUUGUUGAUUGACCCUUGCCACUGGCGAGCUAGCAGCGAACACUUCUUCAUGCGGCGUUAUUGUUUUUGGUCAGAAAUCUAGCGGGAUUUACACUUCACCCAUUGCUUUGAAUGAUCAAGGCGCGUUGUUGAUUUGCUGCAAAAACUACGACGAGAAUGGCAGGCAACGGGUGCUACUGGAAGUAUUACCUCUGGAUUUUAACAGCCAUGUGCAGAUCUGCGUUACCAACAGCGAAAUCUCUGGAAUCAGUGAUCUGGAGCUCGCAAAAUCUCAAGUUUCAGUCAGGGAAAGGACUGGUCAUUUACCCUGAGAUUGGAGACAAGCUGGAUAUUAUCUGUCCUAAGGAAGAUAUGGGGAGACCGUAUGAGUUCUACAAGCUGUACCUGGUGAAGAAGGAGCAGGCAGACACCUGCAGCACAGUCCUGGACCCCAACGUACUGGUCAACUGCAACAAGCCGGAGAAGGACAUCAAGUUUACCAUCAAGUUUCAGGAGUUCAGUCCAAACUACAUGGGCCUGGAGUUCAAAAAGAACGUUGACUAUUUCAUCACGUCCACGUCCAACGGGACCCAGGAAGGGUUGGAGAACCGGGAGGGCGGAGUCUGCAACACGCGCUCCAUGAAGAUCGUCAUGAAAGUGGGCCAGGACCCGAACGCGGUCGUUCCGGACCCGGCGAUCACCGAACAGCCGAGCAAAGAGCAGGACAACGUGGUGAAAGACUCCACCACCACCCCUGCCAAGAAGAAAGACAAGGAUGGUGCAGGAGAGCAAGGCAAUCCAGACACCAUGAACCAGGACAACAAGUCCAACUCGGCUGAGGGCAUCUUCAGCUCCAAGCCGGCCCUUUUUGCUGCCAUCGGGGCGGGCUGCGUCAUCUUCCUUCUCAUCAUCAUCAUCCUCAUCAUCCUCCUCAUCAAGAUACGGAAGCGCGCCAGGAAGCACACCCAGCAGCGGACGGCGGCUCUGUCGCUCAGCACGCUGGCCAGCCCCAAGUGCUCCGGGAACGCGGGCUCGGAACCCAGUGACAUCAUCAUCCCGUUACGGACUACAGAGAACAACUACUGUCCCCACUACGAGAAGGUGAGCGGGGACUACGGACACCCUGUCUAUAUAGUGCAGGAGAUGCCUCCCCAGAGCCCCGCCAACAUCUAUUACAAAGUGUGAGGAACAACGUUUGUAGGACCUUUUCAUUUUAGAGAAUUGAGGUCUACCUUUUUACUACCUAGACCUUCUGAUGUCAAUAGAAACGUGUCGUAUGAUGCUUUAAAUAGUGAACGCAAGAGAAGAGAGGAAAAAAGGAAGAUAAAAGACGGAAGGUCUACAUGGACACAAUGGUAAAGACUCUUUGACGUUUCUCUGUAGGCCAAAGGCAGGAUGCUUGGGCGUCUAGACCUUCUCCUUGUCCUGUUUCUCACUGAAAGUGUAUCCUCCAUGUUUUUGCUGUUCUCCGUGUGCAGAAGGAGAAAGGCGGGAAUGCUAAAGCGUUUAGGUGUUUUGAGAGCGGGGCAGCCUGCCGAGCUGGGUAUUUCCAAAAAGCAAGGAAUUCAUGGAAUUCGGAGCAGUAGCCAGGCCCUCAUAGAUCGCUCUUGUAUCAGGGCACAGUGCGUAAUAGUGUGACGCCAUUUUCUCUCUCUUGACGUGUUUACCUUUAAUGUCUUGGAUGGCGGAAGUCACCAAGAUUCUCUUUCACCACUUUCUACCCCUUAAAUUUUUUUCUUUUUUUUUUUAACCAUUAGUUAAUCUAUAUAAUAGAGUGUUUUAUUUUUCCCCCAUUUUCUCCUCGCCUGCAACAUGUCAGUUCUAAGGUAGCUUCAGCUUGCCGCCUGCGGUUAGGACCGCAGAGUUCAUCGAUACUAGCUAGGUGUUCUUCUGUAAAUCUUGGGCUUGUCAGAACAUGUCCAGACAAGCUAAGACAAUACGCGCCAAGGGAAGCAUGAAUAAGCGUCCUGCGGGUAAAUUAACGACAGGCGAGCGGUUCUCACCAAGAGUCGCUAGACGCCGUUAAUUAAGAUGAGACCGAUAAAAGGUUAUGAUGGCUGACCUCUGAAAUAAUGUGAGAAUAACAAGGAAUGAAAAACCCUCAGAAUUACAGGUCGCCUCUUAUCUGAAAUCCCUCUGAAAUUCUAGGCUGUCCUGUUGAACUCUGGGCUCGGAGCCGGCUCAGAGCGACGCUCGUGGCGACGAAAGAAUAACAAGAUCAAAUUUGUAGGAAAAUAAGAAACGUGAGUGGCAAUUAAGAUGCUAUCAGAUAGGACAGGAGUCACCUCGGUUCGCGAGUUUUCACCUCUCAGUAUCCACGCCGAACUCAACAUCGCAGAGGCCAAUGAAAUGCGUUUAUAUGGCAUGCAACAUUUUCCUCCUUUCUUCAUAUGGGGUCACUGAUAUGGGUGCGAGUGAUUGGUUGAUAAUAAGAAUUACUCAACUUGCUUUCUGUUGGACAUUUUGGCUGACUAGAUUGCACCCAUGUAAGGCCUGGCACGGUCUAGUAAGUGUUAAGCUUGGAGGGGGUUAAAGGAAAUAUGUUUGUGUGUUUUGCUGCACUUCAGUACACAAAGUAAAGGGGGGAAACAGAUGAGAAAAAGUGUGGUAAAGAAGCUACUGUGGCUGCAAUUCAGAACCUUGCACCACAGAACCUUGGUAAUCAGAAAAACAAAGCUACAUCUCAUAAACAAAACUUAUGUAAACCUAUACAUGGUAAAUCCACAAAGACUUUACUUCAGUUAUUAAUUAAUUUCUCUCCAGCAGAUAGCCAGUUUCCAGGCCUACAUACUGCAGGGCUACAAUCGUGGAUAAAGUGCUGUUCUUAAUAAAAUAAAAUAAAAUCACCUGCCCCUUUUUAUCUCAAAAUUAGUUGUUACUAUAAAAAGGUUUUUAUAAUAGAACCCUUAUUGUGUGCAUAAAUAUGGGUCUUUUUUUUACCUCAGGUUUGAGCAUAAUAGCAUAAUAUCCUUUUUUAAUCCUGCACAGGUACACCAAUGCUGAGUAAUUUAAAGCAUUGUCUUCUGUCUACCUAUAAAGACUUUGCUCUAAUCAGCUUUUUUUUUUGUCAGCACCUGUUAUUUUCUGGUCUGUCAUAAGUAAAGCCAUCUGGCUACUAUGGGGUGAAAAAUGGCUGCUUUCUCUGUUGCGGUUCACUAAGCAACUGGGCAAAACACAAAGUUAAAACUGUCCUCAAAUGUUCCUCAAUGUCAAACAUUUCAGCUGCCUGCUUUGUGUUUCUUGUCUCCUUGUAUUGAGGCAAUCCAAGCUGUACAGGUUUUAGUUAUGCCCGUUGAUUUAAAUGUAGCAAACAAGGCACUGAUUUAUCGAAGCUAACCCAAACAGUGCACGCAGCGGCCGGAUAAGGACACGUUUUCAUCCAAAACAGCAGGAGAGUUCCGAAGAUUCGCUUGGGUAAACCGCUAGACUUACUGUAUCUGUUCAGUGUUUAUGCUCUCACAAGGCUUCGACAGGGCCGCAUUUUCUAUUGGAACUGUGAAUUAGUUGAGUCAGAAGUACUAAACUUGUGUUUCACUGAUGGGUUGUGUCUUGAUUGAAAUGCAUUGCUUAAGCAGACAGAAGAUGCAUUUUAGAAGAACCUUCGUUUCAGAAAAAUACGGAAGUAAAUCUAUUCUUUAUACACAACAGACAUUUUUGUGGACAGCGAGUCCCAUCAAUUUCAAAACAGUUGUAUUUGUUAAAACAUAAAAGGAAUAUAUAUAUAUAUUUUUUAUGUCAUAGUGUGUCAUAUAACAUAUUUCAAUUAUUGCUCCUUUCACAUGUCAUUUUAUUUAUAUAUUAUAGAGUAUAUUAUAAAAAAAAUUAUACAUUUUCUUUUGAAUAUUCUACAAUAUCUUUAAAAGUACACUUAUGAAAGGGGCAAAAUUCUGUAAAUUUGUAUAUAUGACCUGGGUUUAGACUACAAUGUAUUCCUUAUAUGUUAAUAUUUUAACAAAUAUUACUUUUUUGGAAGGGACAUAACUGACAGUAGUUCAGGCAUACUACAUAGAGACCUAAAAAUCCAUCAAGGCAUACCAUUUUCCAAUUCAAAACACGUUAAAUAUACUUUAAUAUGCCCAUCACAACACUCUACAGUGUAAAGUGUUACAUUUUAUGUUCAUUUUCUUCUUUUGUUGUUUUUUUUUUUUUUUUUUCCUUUUAUUUUAGUUGAAAUACCUGUAUUGUAAAUGAGUUCAUUUACAACUGGUAAAAAUUGAAAUAAUGUAAAUAUGUGAAAAUGGUAAAUUUAAAAAUGACAUUUAUUAGAGCCCCAUUUAUGAAAAAUAUCUAAUUAGGUUUUUUAAUGCAGAAAUUUUUGUAAAUAGUUGUCUUUUUUUAAAAGACAUUUUGUAUAAACUUUUGAAUUAUUUUCUUGAUUGCUUUUUUUGUUAGUAAAAGAUACACAAAUCUCUUAGAACGGGUGUAAAAGUGCCAGGUAUUGCAAUGGAAAAAAAAAAAAAAAAAAAUUUGCAAGGUUCACUACUUAGCAGAGAUGUUUUUUUUUUGUUCAGUGUCAUAAAUCAUUUUGUUGGGGGACAUGAGGGGGACAAAUUUUAUUGACACAUUAAUUCAAUUUUCUGUGCAUUUCAUUCAAUUGAAAUAUUCUCAGUGACCCAGUUAUCCCUCUAUCACUGAAAUUAUAGUAGUGAACCUUUCACAGGUUAAGUGAACAACCAGUGGGGAGCACCUGUUGCCUUGCAAUCAUGAAGUGCCACCAUUUAUACCAUCAGUUAUUUCUAAACACCUGUUUUCAUUGUGUGAGCUCUACGCCAUCUUUAUUACUUCUGCUGCAGUGUUUAGGUCUCUAUGUGGAUGGACAGCCUCUUGUAGUCAACUAAAACUGUUUUUAAUCAUUGUCACUAAAGGAUGGUAAUCCUAUCCAUAAUAGCAUAAGUCAGAUUGAGCAGAGGAUCAGCACAGUAUAAAAGCCCUGCAGAACCCAUGGCUGUAGUGAACUUAAAAAAGCGGCCAUGUUGGCUUGUCUUGCUUAGCUUUUGGACACCAAGGUGAAUGACCCUUACUGCUCACCACAGUAUUAGCACAGGCUCUCCCUAAUGACCAACCCCAGCCCCUAAAGACAUUCCUCUGCUGUCAACUAAGAGCUACGUUCUUCUGGCCUCUGCAACUUAAGACGGCUCAUCACUCCAGGGAAACUUUAAAAAAUGUAAAGACUGAACCAGCUUGAUGUCAUAUGGUAGGUUAUCAAUUCCUCUGCCUCACCAGCUAGUUAGCACAGCUAAAACGAGACCAUCAGUAUGCAUCUGCUGAGGGAAACACUCUCACCAAAACAAUGUCCCUUCAGCACAACUGGUUGUUCACUUUCCCUGGCCACCAUUAUGCUCCAUCUGUUUUUUUAAUUUCUGUCCAUGUUAAAGACACAGUAUUAUGUUCAAUGUACAUGUAUGCAAACCCAGUGAAAUUGUGUUUCUUUGUAUCUGCUCCAUAAAUGUCACUUCAUUUAUUUUAUUUCUUGCCUUUCUCAAUGCAGCUUUUUUCCCAGUUCAGCAUAACCAGUUUCAAUGGAAUGACAAUUCCAUGAGCCAAGUUUGAAAACCUGAUAUUGCAUAUUGAUAAAUAAAUUUUUUUCCUAUGGAA